CCAACGCAACGGCUGCCGUGAUGCAGCGCAUGGGCGACGCCGCGCUAAGGCCAGAGGAGGACUUCGUCGUCGUUCUGGCGACACCUGAGAUGCAGGCGGAGGCAGCCAUCCUCGCCUCCAACUGUGCUGUGGCCUGGCUGGAGGGGGCCAGGCAGGACAUCCCCUGCCACCAGGUGGCUGCCGAGCUCGCGACGGCCCUGGGCGCGAGACCGGCCGACGUCGAAGUUGUCAAGCACUACCCCGAGCAAUUUUUGGUGCGCUUCAUGCAUCAACACCACUGCGCCGACGCCGUGUCUCGUGGUGAUCUUCGUGGCAAUGGCCACCGCAUCUUCGUGCGUGAGUGGAGGCUCGAGGCUCAUGCAGACAACGAAGACCAACUCCAUCAUGUCCGUCUCUGCUUGGAAGGCGUCCCGCUGCACGGCUGGAACCACUACAUCGCCACCUUCCUCAUCGGCCGAGGUUGCUCCCUCGACUACAUCGAGCCUCGAUCGCUCCGCAAAGAGGACACAAGGGACAUGGCGCUUUGGGCUUGGACGUCCAACCCCAGUGCCAUCCCCAAGGUCAAAUGGCUCACUCUCUCGGCCCGUGGUCACCGCCGCCGCGGACGCCGAGGUCUCCGUCACCGCGUGCUCAUCCACCUCGACCUCCACGAGGACCACUCCAAGGCCGGGGACGACGACGACAACCCGCCGCCACCGGACGUCCACGAGUUCAGUUGGUACAGGAAGGUGGACGGCACGUACACGCCAAGGGAGCGCGGGCCUACCCAGGGAUGUGCAGAACGCCGCGGUGGCAGGCGUGAAGACGAGGGCGACCGUGACGGCAGGCGUGGCCGUGACGAUGGUCGCGCACGGGAAGGAUGGGGUGCCAGGGUCCGACGCUCGCUCUCCCGAAACGCUCGGGACCGGCAUCAAGGGGAGGUCCAGAACCGUUCAAGGGACCGCUCCGGUGGCCGCCGGCACGCUGGCAACAGCCUGGCUGCUUCGCCCGCACCUAUGGAGGGGGCCUGCUGCUGCUCUGGUUCUCAGGGGCUCGGGCUCGGCCAGUGAUGCGCCUGCUCGCGCCCUCGAGCUGGUGGUCGUCCGUGGGCGCAGCCCGACGCGUCCGACAUCGCCACGCUCCUCCAGGCGCCGCUCGCAAGAUGAAAGCACCCCCCGGCGUCCCCUCCGCUCUCUCCGACAACCGUUCUGCCGCCAAGCCUAGUCUCCAAACGCGCUGAGGCCGCGGCUUCCCGUCUUGCGAGCCCUGCGCCCAGCCAGGCCAUGUUGGAGCUCUGCGCGCCCGCUUCGCUCGUGCUGCCUCUGCGGUCACCCUCUAGGCCGCCGGGGUUUCAGUCAUCCCCCACGCCGCCCCUGACUAGCUCUGGCGCCCUGCAGCGCACGCCUUCUCCUGCUCGAGGCCAUGCUGCAACCAGCUCUGGUGAUGCCAUGGAGCCUAUCUUUGUGCAACGUCAGGGGGGCAUUCUUGCUAUGCCCGACUCCCCCCCCCCCCUCCUAGGCCUCCUACGGCUCGUCGGAAGACUAUUGCUGGAGUAAGGAUUUCCAGCAAGGGGGGCCUCUCUCUGCAGAAAGUGAAGCGUGGGGGUCCCCGUGUGGCGGUUCCGGCAGCCAAGGUGGCGGAAAAGCUGGUCAGUCGGUCCCUGGGAAUUACCAGGGAUGGAGAGGACGUAACAGAGGCCACGCUUGCUGAUUUCACAGCCAAGUUCAAGGAGCAGCUGGCCCCGGAAGUGAUCAUUGCCAUGAGAGAUUUCUUCCACCUUGACGAUGCUGCUGUCAAUGGCGUGGAGGAUGCGCUGAUCGAGCAUGGCGGCGAAGGAACACUAGAGAUGAUCCAAGAGGAAGGUGUGGCCCUACAGAGCAUAGGAACACAGUAGGAAGCGGCUUGUUUGCCUAGUUCGUUGUCUUUGUGCAAUUUUAGUUGUCAUGUUAGCUAUCCACUUCCCUGUUGUGUGUGUUAGCCUGCUGGCUGUAGGAGGUUUUACUUUGGGUCUGUUUAGUGGCGCCUGGCUUGGCUUUGUGUUGUACCACUUCCAGUAUGGGUGUGUCCCAGUGGGGCUUGUAUCUCCCUUCCUUUUAAUCGUGUUGUUGCUGCUAGCUGUUUGGCAUCGUCAACUCUGGACUGGCCAAAGUGUUUACCUUGUGCUUAAUGACAUCACAACCAAUAAAUUGUUGGAAAUAUGCCCUAGAGGCAAUAAUAAAAGCAUUAUUAUUAUA